UGCGAGCAGUGCGAUGGUGGAAACGCGGACACCUCGGGAAGGCAGCGUGUUUGUGCGCGCACAGCGCCCGCCUGCAAGCCGUACCACUUACCGGAUAACGGGGGACCACGGAGAGGACCGGCUGCGUUCGUACGGACGCUUUCGAUAAGGACAUUUUUCACCCUGCCGUUUGAGAAUCGCGUCGGAAUUCGCUAAACCCGCCUUUCCCAACUGGCCGUCACGUUGCGCGCCGGGCGAAUGAGAGGCUGCGGCUGGCCAGCCGGACUGAAAACCUCGGAACCGACACUUCACGGAUUUUACAGUCGGAGAAAACGGGGGAGCAGAAUCUCCGGGCGGGGGGUUGUGGAUGCGCCGCUGUCGUGAUGUUGGCGCAUUCGUAACGCGCAGCCCGACGACACGGGCGUCUGGAUCGGCACUCCUCUGACCUGCGCCGCUCAAUCCCAUGAAGAUGCAUGUGUGGAUACGAGCAGCAGCCUUGCUGCUCACCACCACCCUGAACCUCGCGGAGAUGUACGACACUUACGGGGAGAUCUGCAGGAAUCUGUGCACCUGUGAGGAAAAGGAGGAUCUCCUGGCCAUCAGCUGCGAGAACCGCGGCAUUGUCAGGCUGUCAGAAAUCAGCCCGGCGCAUUUUCCCACGUACCACCUUCUACUGACAGGGAACUUGCUGAAAAAAUUGUCCCUCAAUGACUUUAUCAACUACACCGGCGUCACCAUUUUGCAUUUAGGGAACAAUGACAUUUCCGAAGUGGAAACUGGGGCUUUUAACGGACUGCAGGGGUUAAAGAGACUGCACCUGAAUAACAACAAGCUAGACAUCCUAAGGGACGAUACCUUCGCCGGUCUGGAGAGCCUGGAAUAUCUUCAGAUCGACUACAACUUCAUCAGCAUGGUGGAGCCCAGCGCCCUGGCUAAGCUUCAUCACCUGACCGUGCUCAUCCUCAACGACAACCUGCUGUCAUCCCUGCCAGCCAACAUUUUCCGAAACGUACCCCUGACGCACCUGGACCUGAGGGGCAACCGGCUGAAGGUGUUCCCCUAUGUGGGGCUCCUGGAGCACAUGGAUAAGGUGGUGGAGUUGCAGCUGGAGGAGAACCCGUGGAACUGCUCAUGCGAGCUCAUCGCCCUCAAGGCCUGGCUGGAGAGCAUAGCCUAUACGGCGCUGGUGGGCGAGGUGGUAUGUGAGACACCCUUCCGGCUCCACGGCCGGGACCUGGACGAGGUGUCCAAGCAGGAGCUGUGCCCGCGGAGGGCCAUCUCUGAGUACGAGGCACGCCCGCCCCCGCCCCUCAGCACUGGUGGGUACUUCCAGACCACGCCGGCUGGCGCCACGGCCUCCGCCACAUCCUCGGCCGUGCUCCGGUCAUCCUCCAGACCCACCAAGGGCACUCGCCAGUCCAACAAGACCCGCUCCAAGCCCACCUCACGUAUCCCGCCCAACCCUUACAACUACGGGCCCAUCAUCGCUUUCCAGACCAAGUCCCCUGUGCCUUUGGACUGCCCCACGGCCUGCACCUGCAACCUGCAGAUCUCCGACCUCGGGCUCAACGUCAACUGCCAGGAGAGGAAGAUCGAAAACAUCUCGGACCUGAGGCCCAAACCCUAUAAUCCCAAAAAGAUGUACCUGACAGGGAAUUACAUCCCGGUUGUGCGGCGCUCGGACUUCAUCGAGGCAGAGGGAUUGGAUUUGUUGCACUUGGGGAACAACAGGAUUGCGCUCAUACACGACCGAGCGUUUGCGGAUUUGAUUAACCUGCGCAGACUGUACUUAAACGGGAAUUUGAUCGACAGGCUGACAGCAGACAUGUUCUUUGGGCUCCAGAACCUGCAGUACUUGUAUUUAGAGUACAAUAAGAUCAAAGAGAUUGUGGGCGGCACCUUUCACGUGGUGCCCAACCUCCAGUUGCUGUUCCUCAACAACAAUCUCCUGAAGACCUUGCCAGGGGGCAUCUUCUCCAGCGUGUCACUCUCCAGACUCAACCUGCGCAACAACAACUUCCAGAACCUGCCUGUGAGCGGUGUUCUGGACCAGCUGAAGGCCCUGCUGCAAAUCGACCUCUUCGAGAACCCCUGGGAUUGCACGUGCGAUUCCGUGGGCAUGAAGAUCUGGCUGGAGCAGCUGAACUCUGGCACUGUGGUCAACGACAUCGUGUGCGCCACCCCGAAGAGGCUGGCCGGGCGGGACCUGCGGGGGACCCUGUCUGAGCAGCUCUGUCCGGAUUACUCGGACGUGGCGGUCGCCACCACGGCCGUGCCGGAGCCGUCCGAGGGCGGGGCGACCACGGCGGAGGUCCCCCCGCGGCUCAGACCAGCGUCGGGGACUGUGCCCCUCUCUGUGCUCAUCCUCAGCCUCCUCCUUGUCUUCAUCAUGUCUGUGUUCGUGGCCGCCGGUCUCUUCGUGGUGGUGGUGAAGCGCCGCAAGAAGUCACAGAGCGACCGGACCAGCACCAACAACUCGGAUGUCAGCUCCUUUAACCUGCAGUACAGCCUGUACAGCAACCGCGCCAUGCCCAAGGUCAAGCCCCCAGCCGCCCACGUCUACGAGUACAUCCCUCACCCGCUGGGCCACAUGUGCAAGAACCCCAUCUACAGGUCUCGGGAGGGCAACACCGUGGAAGACUACCCUGACCUGCGCGAGCUGAAGGCCAGCUACCGGACCCCGCCCGAGGAGCAGCGGGACCCCACGUCCCGCAGUCCUACAUACACGGUCAGCACCAUCGAGCCCCCGGAGCAGGCGUCCACCGUGCAGGACGCGGAGCACUUCUUCAGGGGCAUCCUGGAGCCGGACAAGACCCCGACCGGAGCCGGCGGCAGGUACGACUACAAGUACACGGCCCCUGGGCCGUACACAUACAACCCGAACUUCGAUGUCAGGCGACAGUUUUUGCCCCCGGAGGGAAUAAGGGAAACGCUUCUCUACAGCACAGCGCCGACCACCGUCUACGUGGAGGCCAACAGAAGUGAGUAUUUGGAACUCAAGGCAAAACUCCAGGUGGAGCCGGAUUACCUCGAAGUCCUCGAGAAACAGACGACGUUUAGCCAGUUUUGAACCUCGGUCUGUGCACAUGCACCGCAAAAGCCCCACCCAACCCCGACCCCGAUCCCUUCCCACAUUACUGUACAGUCUCAAACAUGAGAGACAGCAUCUCCGAAGAAAAUAUGACAAAGUCCUACCACGGGGUGUGCCAGACUGUGUUACUUUAAUUUCAAAGCUACAUGACAUUACAAAAACAAAAAUAAAAACAAAAACAAAAUCAAAAUCGGAUGAGAAAAGCAUGAGUUGUGAUAUAAAACCCGCUGAUGCAAAGUCUAUUUUUUUAAGUUGAAGAUUGAAUACACGUAAUCUUAGGUGUACAGAUUAAUCCAAGUACAUUUUCAGGAGUAUUAACCUUGCAGAUAUUGUGAACCACACAAAAUGUUUAUAUAUAUUAAAAAAAAAAAACAUAACAAAACACAACAAAACAAAGUCAAUAAAAAGAGAGACCCAAUCACACCCUGACAGAACACUGUACCCCAGUGCAUCUAAGUGUGCAGGACAAAUACUUCUGCUCAUGUCUGUAAGUAAGUUCUGUAUUUAUCGUAUACUCUUGCCAUGUAAUCACGGUAUCAUUUCCUCCUCCGUCGCUAUACUUCCUGUCCCGCAGGCCAGCGAUCGCCUUCUGUUUCCACUUCCUGAUCAUUUCCUGUAGCUUGCGUUGUACAAGUGACUCUUUUUUUCUCCGAGGUGGCACACCCCCAUAUCCUUCCCCUCGCCCGUACCCCAGUUCAAAGAGAGACUUCUGCAUCAUUUCAAGAUUUAAGAAUUGAAAGUGUCUUUGUAUGCUCUCUGCACUUUUUUGGAAAACAGAAGACCACAGGGUCCCCGCUACCAUUAGAGAGAUGAUUAUAUAUUAAAAAUGAAUAUAUAUAUUCAUUCUUAAUAUGUAUUUUAAUAUGUUAUCGAAAAUUCAUAAAUAAUAACUGAAGUAAUAAUUAUGUUGUGUAAUACUGAUAUUUUACUGUAACACCUAUUUUUAUACAAGCAUUCUCCCCCUUAUUGUUUUCAUAGUUUUGAUUGCUUUGCAAUUAUUGCACUAUAUUGACCAAAACAUGUUUAUGUCAUCAAUAAAUAUGAUGUCAGGUUCUUAUA